UCGAGGUGGCGUAUACGGUCAGUCGCGUGCAAACCCUGGGGUACGUGGCCGGGCAGGAAGCGCAAACGGCGGGCGAAUCGAGGCCGCCAUCGCUUCUACCUGCCACGUCUUCACGCGAACAACUGCGGAAAGCGGGGCUCCGUGCACUGUCGAGGAAAGAAGCCCUGUCAGUUGGCAGGGGACGCUCGUCAGUGGCAGGACGCAGGCAGCGACAGUGCAGCUGCAGCUAUGCGCAAAAUUAGGGCCUCGUCGACGGGCGCCGUCAAGACGGCAAUGUGCCUGCUCGUCAUCGUGGUGCUGUGUAAGAUGGACCUGUGGACCCGUCUUCUGUUCCCGAACGGCACCGAUUUCCUCUGGGAGUCGAGCACCAAGGUGGCCGACGCGCCGGACGUGGACACCCUGAUGCCCCGCCCCCUCACCGGCGGCUUCUGCCAGCGUGGCGAGGAGUGGGCCACGCCAGACAUACUGGCCCACGCCGUGGGGAAGGGACCGGUCACGGAGCGCGCCGGCCAGAGCACCGUGUUCCGGCGGGACGGCCGCGUGAAACGGCGCCGACUGGGUCUCUACUCGGCCAGCCGCACGCCCAGCGGACUCUGCUGAGAAUGUACAGCGGACUCUGCUGAGAGCGCACGGCGGACUCU